ACGCCUCUCGAAAAUUUCCCGCGAACUUCCAGGCUAAGCGCCCUGCAGUAAGGCUUUUCUCCUUCUUACACUCACUGCUGCAGGACAGGACGGGACAAGAGAAGACAAGACAAUGCGCACCAAGAGACAGCAGCCCCCUCCCCCCACCAGAAUGAACCUGAGGAGUUAUCGAAACUCUUCUCUGGUUCCCAUAGAGACCUCCUCCUCCUCAUCUUCCUCAGACGACAGCUGCGACAGCUUCGGCUCUGAUGGCUUUGCAACUACGAAGAGGCCUGUCAGACAAACAAGAAGCUCAGCUAAGACAGGGAAAGUUUUCAAAGCCCCCUCAGUGUCUGAGGAGGAAGCCUGCAGUGGCUUUGAGGAGAAUGACUUCAGUAAUGAGAUGAGUACCAUGAAAAUGGAUUCCGACUCGGAUUCUUCAGAGUCUUUGAAAAGACCUCGUCGCUCCUUCACUCUUAGAGUGGCCAUGAAGUUCCCCGCCAAAAAAGCCAAUCAGAAGAAGUCGGCGAGUCCUCGGGCUGCUCCUCAACCCAAAGACCCAGAGUCCGACUCAGAUGAGGAGGAGAACUUCGUUGCAAAGAGAGCACUCAAUAUUAAAGAGAACAAGGCUAUGCUGGCAAAGCUAAUGGCAGAGUUGAACAAAGUUCCUGGUCUUAUCCCUAGGAGGAUGUCUCUACCAAUGACUAAUACGCCUCGGCGUGUUCCUCGCCGUUCUCUGGGAACACCUGGAGUUCGGAGGAAGAAUCCUGAACGUACAUCACGGCCUCACACUCGCUCACGUUCACGGGUGGAUGGUCCCCCUACUCCUCCUCCUGAAGAAGAGUCUGAGGACAAGUUCAGCCUGGUCCGCAGGAACAGAUACAGCGAAGAUGAUGAUUAUGAACCAGAGCCGCGCCGACGACGCACCUACACUGGUGUUCUUGCCAUCCCCCACGUGAUAAGACCUGUGGAAGAAAUUACCCAGGCAGAACUGGACAAUAUCUGCUUCAAUGUCAGAGAGAAGGUCUAUAACCGCAGCACUGGUUCCACCUGUCACCAGUGUCGUCAGAAGACAACAGAUACCAAGACUAAUUGCCGCAACCCAGAAUGUGUAGGGGUCAGGGGUCAGUUCUGUGGACCUUGUCUGCGGAACCGUUAUGGAGAGGAAGUCCGGGAUGCUCUGCUGGACCCGGAGUGGCGCUGCCCCCCAUGCAGAGGCAUUUGUAACUGCAGCUUCUGCAGGGCCAGAGAGGGCCGUUGUGCUACAGGUGUGCUGGUCUAUCUGGCCAAGUACCACGGCUAUGACAAUGUUCAUGCUUACCUGAACAGCCUGAAGAAGGAGUUGGAGGAGACUGAGUGAG